AUGGGUCCCCUCUUGCUGAAGCACCUGGCUGCCUCGCUGAGUCGACAGGUUCUCCAGAUGAGCCGUUUCAAUCCCACCGUCUCCACGGCAGCGGCGAGUGCGUACAGGUGUCUGUGGACGGUCGCGGCCGCCCCGCGCUCGAUGCUCCUGCUGGCGGCCAGAGUUACGCCUCUUCCGUCGUCUGUCCUCCCGGUCCAGGGCGCGCCGUCCCUGCUGCGUCUUCCCGGGGCCCAUCCCUCGGCGGGGAUGAAGACCAAGUCGGCCCUGAAAAAGCGCUGCAAAGACUGCUUCUUUGUCCGAAGGAGGGGGCGCUUGUAUGUGUACUGCAAGACGCACCCGAGACACAAGCAGAGGCAGGGCUGAACUGUUGAGAGCGUGCCGAGAAAUGUACGAAGGAUUUACCGAAUCACUGCUGUCAUAAUAAAUUGUCACAAUGUUG